UAUUCCAUCCGCCCAUCCAGUGUGACACUAACUGUGUGAAAGAGAAAUUAGGCCUAAACUAUGUAAAAUGGUUGGGCCUGGUGGAAGCUAUGCGGAACUUUAAUUGGAUAUUUUUCGUUUUUUUGUACUGAAACAUUACGUAAAUUUAGUCCAGAAUCAACACAGUUUCCUGCAUAUUGGUUUUAAAAAGAAUGUCUUCCCAGCCUUUGGUUCCUGGUGAUAUAGUUCAUUUAAAUGUUGGUGGUGUUAGAUAUGCUACUUCAAAACAAACCUUGACAUGGGUGCCGGACUCAUUUUUCAGCAGUAUGCUGAGUGGUAGAAUUUCAACUCUCAGAGAUGAAACUGGGGCAAUAUUUAUUGACAGAGAUCCAAAACUCUUCUCUAUUAUACUCAAUUUUUUGAGGACAAAAAAUCUUGAUCUCAGGGAUGUUGACAUUGGAAUUUUGAGGCAUGAAGGAGAAUUUUAUGGAAUCACUCCAUUGGUGAAACGUCUAAUUCUCUGUGAAGAUCUCAACCAGUCAUCUUGUGGGGAUGUUCUGUUUCAUGGAUAUCUUCUUCCUCCUUCUGUUCCUGUUGGGGAACCUCCAACGUAUGGUGGGACUUUAGAUAAGAAAGAGGCAGCAAAUUUUCGCAUUCUUCCCGAAUGUCAUAUUGCUCCUAGUGGUAAUGUUCAGGCGAAUAAUGUUUCUGAUGCCAAGCCAGGCUCAGUUUUACGUAUUACAACGGAAAGCUCUUCUGCAUCAUCUCGCCCACCCUCAGCAUCACAUUCACGAAAUUCUUCAGUAGACAAUCGAGUCCAUAUGUCCCAACUUUCACGUAGCUCUUCAGACUUAAGGACUUUGGGUAGAGGUCAUUCUCGAACUUCAUCUUUAGAUCUACGACAUUCACGGAACUCAUCGGCAGACUUCACUAAAUCUUUAAGAGGAGACUUAGGCUUAUAUUUUGGAUCUCAUGGAACACCAGUAUGGACCGAUCCUCUGAGAGUUCGAAUUGUGAAAGGUCAUCAUAAUUGGAUAGCUGUUGCAUAUGCACAUUUUGUAGCCUGUUAUAGACUUAAAGAUUCGACAGGCUGGCAAAGAGCAUUUGUUAGUCCUCAUAUUGAACCAGUAGUGGAAAGAAUAGCUCUCAAUGCCAAAGUUGCUACCAACCAGCCAGAGAAAUGUACUAAGAUGUUAGCUAUCUCUUGUGGGCCUCAAGUGAGGCUUUGGGGUCUAAGUGAAGAUGGCGCCCGAGCUGAUAUUGGGACUUUCAAUUUGAAUGUGCCGGUUGAUUAUUUAUUCUUCAUUGGAAGUCAGCUUGUGGCACUGAGUCACACAGGGAAGGUUGGGGUUUGGCAUGCAAUGACACAACACUGGCAGAUCCAAGAUGUUGUUCCAAUAGCAAGUUUUGACACUGCUGGUUCAUUCCUUCUCCUUGGCUGUAACAAUGGAUCAAUAUAUUAUAUAGAUAUGCAAAAAUUUCCCUUGAGGAUGAAAGACAAUGACCUAUUGGUAACAGAAUUGUAUCGUGACCCUUCUUUUGAUGUUAUAACUGCUAUCAGUGUAUAUUUAACCCCUAAAACAACCAAGGAUAGAUCAUCAAAUCAGGGGGAGGGCCUCCGUGGAAACUGGAUAGAAAUAGCAUAUGGGACUAGUUCUGGCACAGUACGUGUGAUUGUCCAACAUCCAGAAACAGUAGGCCAUGGACCUCAGCUCUUCCAGACUUUUACAGUCCAUCGGACUCCAGUGAUUAAAGUCAUGCUUUCUGAGAAGUAUCUUAUAUCAGUGUGUGCUGAAUAUAACCAUGUUAGGACUUGGAGUGUCACCAGGUUUAGAGGGAUGAUAUCAACUCAGCCAGGUUCAACACCACUAGCUUCUUUCAAAGUGGUUUCACUGGAAGAUCUGGAACCCAAUUUAAGCUACAUUGCUGGGAAUGAUUGUGGACCUUAUGGAGACAAAGAUGAUGAGCAGGUUUUCUUGCAAAAAGUAGUCCCAGAAACUGACCAGUUAUAUGUACGUCUAGCAUCGUCUGGAAACAGGAUCUGUAUAAUCAAAUCUGUAGAUGCUACAACUAUCACUGCCUUCUGUGUACAUGAAUGUGAGGGCUCAAAUAGGAUGGGUUCCCGUCCUCGUCGGUACAUUUUUACAGGCCAUAGUAGUGGAGCUAUUCAGAUGUGGGACCUGACUACAGCUUUGGACUCAGCAUCUAAAGGAGCAACUGCAUCUAAUACUGUUGGUGGUCCAACUCCUCAAGAACUUGUUCGAUUAAUCGACCAGUGUGACUUAACAAAUUCCCGUUGUUCAACUCCCUGUCUUAGUCCAUCCCCUUACUUAUUGCCAGGAAAUAUGCCAAGGGUCAAGGCAUCAAACAUUGCUUUUCUUUCUAACCAAGGAGUGGCACCAGCAGCAACUGAGGCAGAAGCUUCAGCCAGUGAUAACAUGGAGGUCUCCUCUGAUCUUAACCUGUCUCGUUGUUGAUGAUGUUUGCUUUGAAUCUCUCUAAUAGGUUUUUUUCUAUAGAUAGCUGUUUUACAUUGUUUCCAAUUUAAAUUUUUUCCUGAAGAUUAUGGAGUUUCAGGGACAUUUUAUCGUUAGCCAUUUUAAAACUAUGGACCAGUUAAAGUUUCGGGUAACAAAUACUAGAUUGAUUGUUUGUAUAUGUUGCUGUAUGUGUGAAAAUUGUAAAUAUAUUCUAAUAGAAGUUCAUUUGCAUCACUGUAGCAAAUGGACCAUUUAAUUGUUACAGUGUUCAGUUAGCCACAUAUGAUGUAAUAUUGUGGGUUAAUUAAUUGAUGUACUAUGGGAAAAAAGUCAUCCCAAAACUGGGCUACUCUAUAAUGGUAAGAUUGAAUUUUUUUUUUUAAACAAACAUGAGAAACUUGUUUUCCGUAAAUUACUUUAAAAUACACAAAAGUUUUAGAAAUCUCAGGUUUUUGCCAACUGCUGUGAUAUAUAGCUAUAAUUUAUCAUAUUAAUGAUUAUAAUCAUGUAAUACAAAAGUGGUUCAUUUUCUGAUGUGAUUGUGUAUGGUUUCCCUUUUAGGUAAAAUUAUAAUUUUCUUUAUGCAAACAGUGACAAAGACAAAUUGUUUGUGUAUAAAUAUGUAGACAAUACAUAUAGGUGCAGAUUAGUUACACAGAACACUUGGGCUGUGAAAUGCUAUUUGUAUGGUCUUUGUUUUUGAUUAAUUAACAGUAAAUGUUCUUUGAUAUUUAAACCAUCCAGUACUGGUCAGUUGAAAAGAAGUGAUAUUUUUAAGUAUUUGACAUAAAAAGAAGCUGUCCAAUAGACUAUUAACAGAAAGCCAGAUUUGUGUGAUUGAGAUUCUCAUGUUUCUAUGUCAAAAAUAAAAUCUUCAUUCACACAGUCAAGUGUCAGUUUUUUUGUUGUUUUUUUCCAAAAUUCAAUUAAAUUUACUUAUAUCUUCUACUUCAGCAAGUGUAUUUGAAAUGGCAGCCAUGAAAAAUUUUUGGACAUUACAACUGGUGUUUGUCAGACAGCUAUUCUAAAUUACAUUACUGGAUAUAAUAGCAUUUUCCAUGCUGUGCCAAGAUUAAGUUUAGUUUCUUUAUUAUACAAAUAUUAUUAGCUUUAAUAAAUUUGCUAUUUGCUUGGAAUAUUUCUCUUUUAAAACAGUUUGAAAAAAUAACAUUAUUCGGAAUAAUUUGUAAAACUUUACUAUUAAGCCUACUCUUUCUACAAGAUCCACGCACAAUAUCUGCAGUCUUUUUUUUUUCAUAAUUUCGUCAUUUUUAAAUCUAGGUUGACAGAAAAGUAAAAUAGCUUUACUUUUUGUACUUGAUGGCUUGUAGGAGAAUCUGAGAAAAUGCACUUUAGUCUAACAAAAAAAUGUUUUUAUUGUUGUUCUAAUGAAAGGGAUAUGUUGUAUUUAAAAAUUUGUUAAUGAAGUGCAGAGUUAUAAUAAGAAUGCAUUUAAUAAUGCACAAGUUACACUUUGUUUGUGUGUUUUUUCUUACAGAAUAUAGUGUUACACUGGAAAAACCAUUUGUAUGGGCUUCAACAAGCAUGGUGGUUUAAGCUUUUUUGAAUUAUGUAUUGAUGUUAUAGGGUGAUGAAAUAUAAAUACAUUAAAGGAGUGGAGGGUAAUUAAAAGUUCUAUAUUAUGAUUGAGAGAUUAACUUCAAAGAUUAGAAAGUGCAAAAUUAAUUACUAGCUUAAGAAUGAAGAGAGAAGAAAAGAUUGUGGACAUUAAGUAAUAGUAAUAAUUAUCUUUGUCUUGAUUCAAACUACCCGAAUCAGGUUUUUAAAAGUUUUUAUAACUUGUUGCUAUUAAAGGUCUUAAUAUCUUUUAUUGAUACAGUUUUAAUGUAAAAAUCAUGCAUAAAUGGUGCUGCUUUACUCUAAAAGUUGUAAAGUAGUUGUUUAUAUUAACUGAAUGGUUCUGUCAAUGUAAUAAUUAAAAGGAAUAUAUGAUAUCACAAAA